AUGGCGGCUACAUCUCCUCUAUCCCAAGCGUGGGAUAACCAAGUAGUUGAUCGCGUAAAGCACAUCAUCAAAGUGCUGGAGGAUGACGCCACCUUCUCGGACGAUGAGGUACCAGGCCUCAAAAGUCUCUUGUCCGACUUUGCCUCUGAGGCUGAGAAAGAUGAGAAGGUUUCGGAUGUUGAGUUUCAUCGACGCCUCCUUCGGGUCUUCAGAGACUCCAAGACUGAUCAUACCUAUGAAACGACGCUGGCACGGCUGACACCCGGGGAGAGAAAGCAGAUUGAAGAUUUUGUUGGCAAACCGGAUCGCAAAGAUCUGGGUCCAAGUGUCGUCCUGGAGCCGACUCUUAGCUGCCGUGAGGAACUUCUCAAGGAACAACAACCAGAUUCUCUUGCACAUCCGAGAUCCUCCCAUUUUCGUUGGAGGCCGCGCAUCAUUGGUAGCAGGGGCACCUCGGACUAUAAGGCUGAGUAUGAUCCUGCAAGCUCCUCUUAUGGCAAGUUCGAUCCGACACUCCAGCCACGCAGAAACCUUCCAUUUCAGAAUUGGGGCCUCAAUAUUUCCAACAAACCGAAACUUACGUAUUUUCCUACGUCCACGGCACAAAUUCAAGGCAUUGUGAAAUUCGCGAAAAAAGCCAACUUGAGCGUUAGGUGCGCAGGAUAUCGACACUCGUGGUCGCCCAUCUUUGGCAAGAAUGACCAGAUCUUGAUCUCACUACUUGAUUACAAGACGGCCACGGCUCUGCCAAACUAUGAAUCGUUACCAUGGGGACAGUCAUCACCUACCGAGCUGGAAACAAUCGAGAUGGCACCUGGGCAGCCUCGGAAAAAAGGACACAAGCUCGUCCGUAUCGGUUGCGCAACAACAAAUGAAAGACUUCGCCGGUGGUGUAUCGAGCACAAGGCUGUCACUAUUCCUCUCAAUGUCAUCAUGGUUGAGAUUACGAUCGGAGGCAGCAACGCACCAAUCUGCCACGGCGCAGGUCUUCAGAAUCAGACUCUCAGUGAUCUUGUUCGUAAGAUCGAAUAUGUCGAUGCGAACGGUGAGUUGCGGUCUGUUUUAAACACGGAGCAUCUGAAAGCGGCUAGUGGAUGCUUUGGUCUCAUGGGUAUCGUGACGCACAUCACCAUGGAGUUUCCACCCAUGAGCUAUGCGCAGCUCGCUCCCAGGAAGAUGCCUGUCAUCCAAGCAGUACCCCCACCACCGAAUCUUGCCGAAAAGGACAUUCCCCCAGCUCUCCUCAAAAACUGGACAUCCUUAACUCCUGCUGAAAGGGAAAAAUGCCAGGUGGACUUCGAAGAGCGUGCGACCAAUGACUACUAUGCUGAGUGGUUCUGGUUCCCAUAUUCUGAUGAUGCUUGGGUUAACACGUGGAAAAACACCCUGGAAGAAGAAGGCGUCGUCGAUCAUUUCCCUGACAAGAAGCACAUCUAUUUCUCAUUUAUCCAAACUGUCGCGGUAAACAUUCUACAGAAUGCUAAAAUAAUCCACAAGUUGAUCGACGUUACGAACAUGUCGGAAGCUGCCGUGACACUCCUUUCAAUCGCUGCAAUGAAGGCACUCCCAACGAAGGAAGUCAAAGCUUAUCUUCCAGAUGCUUUGCAUUUCCAGCGAGCUAUCCAAAACGUCAGAGUUCGGAAUCUCGAGGUUGAGAUACCAAUUGUUGGGGAGAAAGAUGGGCUAAAAACCAAGAGAUACUUUUCCGUCGUUCAGAGGGCUUGGUGGGACGCCAUUCUCACUACUUAUGCAAACAGCCAAAGCUGUCCUAUGCGGAUGCCUCUUGAGAUGCGCAUCAUGGGUGAUAGUAAUGUGAUCAUGGCGCCACAGCGCGGCAACAAAUUUGGCACAUGCAGUAUAGAGAUAUUGACUCUAAACAGCGCAAAGGAUAUCUGGAAACCAUUCGCACAAACAGUUCUUGACAAAUGGAUGUCAUUGGAGAAUCCUCUAACAAAACAAAGUUUGAAGAUACGCCCGCAUUGGGCCAAAGAGUGGUACGAUUACGAGGUUGAUAUUGACGGGAUUCGCAAACCGUGGAUCGAGAAACUCAAAUUAGACUACGCGGGUGAGAGGCGGGAGUUCUGCAAUAUUCUUACCAAGAUUGGGGAAGAUGCCAAGACGGAGAAAGAUGCUGGCUGGUCACUAGCCGAUAUCAAAGCCAGGUUCUCGAAUGAUUUCUUUGAUGAAUUCUUCUUUAAUUAA